AUGCUCCUUUGGUAGACCAAGGCUAUCCAGGACCACGCCCUCAAUGCUCUAUAAGAAGGCCUUACCCUUCCAUUCCGUUCAACAUUACAAGGAUAAUUCCCACAUUCUUUCACUCACAAGUCACACCAAGCAAACCAAGUCAUUCCAAGUAGAAAAGAGAGAAAACAGUCUCUCUCCCACAUCAAUUCAAGAAGAUGAAGAUGAGCAGUGCCACCAUUGGAGGCUCCAAGAGAAGGUUGUCUAGCAGAGGACUCGGAGGAAUCCUCAGGGAGCAGAGAGGUAGGCUUUACAUAAUAAGGAGAUGUGUAAUCAUGCUCCUCUGCUGGCAUGAUUGAAGCAGGCUCUACAUAAGGAUGAUCUGACUGUCUUUACCAGUCGCCAUGAAUCAAUGUAGGCGGCGCUUCUUUUAUUUUUUCCUUUUUUGAGUGUACAUAGCAGAAGGCGAAUUUUCUCAAGAAUUGCAAAUUUUUGUAUCAGUUUUUCCCUCUUGGGCUUGUUUGUAUAUGGGAACAAAGUUAAUGAGAAGCUAGAUUUCUAUCUUACAAACCUUUCUUGUUCUUGUUUUUGUUGGUGAAUUAUCUCAACCACUGCUCAGCUCCGGCCACCAAAACCCUGGCCUCGACACAGGGUUAGAAGUUACUGUUUCUGGUUUCUGUUUUUGUUUGUCAAGCCCAUAUCUCUAUCAUGGGUUUGUUUCAAAAUCGGCGGUGCUUCUGAUCUGUUACACUUCUACGGUGUUUGAUAUUCCAGCAGGUGUGAUGUGUGAAAGGACUACCUGAGAGCUGAGACUAGUCCAGGAGGUUUGAUAGUUGUGAUGCAACUUGUAUUAGUAUAGAGUUAACUCAUUUCUUUGACAAUCUUUCUUCAGUACUUGAGAUCCAAUUACAAGUGAAAGAAUUUCUGAGUUUCUUCAA